UAUGGGUGUUCCCGCUCCUCUCGUUCUCUCUCUUUUCGCUUGUCCCAGGUCACUUUAUCACCGGUGCUCGUCCAGGCUGACAGACGUCGUCCUGUUCCCGGCGCCGCAGACCAGGUGGGAGGACCUGCAUGCAGGGGAUGAAUAAAAGUAGCUGAGACAUUCAUCAACAUCUGAAAAACAUCAAUGGAAAGCAACUUCAGCUUUGAGGAGGGCAGCGACAUGUCCUAUGAAGACAGUGACUCAGCCUUCCCCUCUCCAGUGAGACUCGGCAUGUAUGACCUGGAGAGGAGGAGGCAGGAGGAGGAGGAGGAGCAGAACAAGCAACAUGUGGAGGCCAUCGGCAUCCCCAGCAAUUCAGAGGCUUAUCUGAAUGUGAACACCAAUGCCACCACAAGAGGGGACGCCCAAGCCUACGUGGAGCUGAAUGAGCUCCAGGGCAGCUGCUGGCAGGAGACCGGCCGCUGGGUGGGCUAUGAGGAGAACUUAAACCCCGCCACAGGCAAAUGGGGUCCCUCUCAUGUCUCCUAUCUCACCUUUAAGAGCCUGAUCCAGCUCCGCAAGAUCAUGAGCACAGGUGCCGUCAUUCUCGACCUGAACGCCAGCAGUCUGUCUGCUGUGGCUGAGAAGGUGGCCGAUGAGCUGCUGAACAAGGGCGAGAUCCGCGCCAGUGAUCGGGAUGGCCUGCUGAGAGCUCUCCUCCUGAGACGCAGUCAGUCUGAAGGACCGGUGGUUACUCCCUCUGGAGACAUUGAGAUGAAGACCUUUUCUGUAACCAAGACGAGAGACAGCAGUGACAACAUGGAGGCCUCAGUGGUCCUCUCAGGGGUCCUGGACUUCCUGCAGAAACCAGCGGUGGCUUUUGUGAGGUUGUAUGACUCUGUGGUGAUGGAGUCUGCCCUGGAGAGUCCUGUUCCUGUCCGUUUCGUCUUUGUGCUGGUGGGCCCCAGCCAGAGCGGAGUAGACUACAGGGAAAGUGGCCGAGCCAUGGGUGCCCUGAUGGCCGAUUGGGUGUUCUGUCUAGAAGCCUUCUUGGCCCAGACUGACAAAGAUCUGACCAAUGCCAUCGCUGACUUCAUGGACUGCAGCGUUGUGAUCCCUCCCACUGAGAUCCAGGAUCAGGGACUGCUUCAGCCAAUCAUCAACUACCAGAGGAAGAUGCUGCGUGACAGACUCCGUCCCACCGACAACCGUCUUGCCUUUGGCGACAGAGUCAGAGUUGAGAAACCUCCAGAGGAGCCUCGGGAGGACCCUCUGGCCCGAACAGGCUAUCCUUUCGGUGGGAUGAUGAAGGACCUGAAGCGCCGAUACCGUCACUACAUCAGCGACUACACAGACGCUCUGAACCCUCAGGUCCUCGCUGCCGUCAUCUUCAUCUACUUCGCUGCCUUGUCCCCGGCCAUCACUUUUGGAGGGCUUCUGGCUGACAAAACGGAGAAAAUGAUGGGCGUGUCGGAGCUUAUGAUCUCCACCAGCAUCCAGGGCGUCAUCUUCUGUCUCAUCGCCGCCCAGCCCGUCCUUGUCAUCGGCUUCUCCGGCCCACUGCUGGUGUUUGAGGAAGCUUUUUACUCUUUCUGCAAGUCCCAGGACAUCGAGUACAUCGUGGGCCGUAUCUGGGUGGGGAUGUGGCUGGUGGUGAUCGUGAUCAUCAUCGUGGCCGUGGAAGGCAGCUUCCUGGUCAGGUUCAUCUCCCGCUUCACUCAGGAAAUCUUCUCCAUCCUCAUCUCUCUCAUCUUCAUCUAUGAGACCUUCAAUAAGCUCAUCAAGAUCUUCAAAACCCACCCUCUGAUUCUGAACUACGAACACCUGAACGACUCAGUUGACAACCCCUUCCACCCGGUCAUCAAGGAGCACGUUGAGUACCAUUCAGAUGGCAAUGUGACCAUUCAUGAGCUGGAGAUUGAGAGGGCCUACCCCAACACUGCCCUGCUGUCCAUGUGCCUGAUGUUUGGCUGCUUCUUCAUUGCAUACUUCCUCCGCCAUUUCAAGAAUGGUCAUUACCUGCCCGGUCCGAUCCGUCGUUUGAUUGGGGAUUUCGGCGUCCCCAUUGCUAUUUUCUUCAUGAUUGCUGUGGAUAUCUGCAUUGAGGAUGCCUACACUCAGAAACUGGUUGUGCCAAAGGGUGUUGAGGUGACCAACCCCAAAGUCAGAGGCUGGUUCAUCAACCCCAUGGGAGAAAAGAAGCCUUUCCCCAUCUGGAUGAUGGGCGCCUGCUGUGUGCCAGCACUGCUCGUCUUCAUCCUCAUCUUCCUGGAGUCCCAGAUUACUACGCUGAUUGUGAGCAAACCUGAAAGGAAGAUGAUGAAAGGAUCUGGUUUCCAUUGGGAUCUGCUCAUCCUGGUCACCAUGGGGGGCAUCUCCUCUAUUUUCGGGGUGCCCUGGCUGAGUGCUGCCACUGUGCGAUCCGUCACCCACGCCAACGCUCUCACUGUCAUGUCCAAGGGUCCGAAACCAGUGAUUGAGAAGGUGGUAGAGCAGAGGAUCAGUGGCAUUCUUGUGGCCAUCCUGGUUGGUGUUUCUAUUUUCAUGGAACCUAUUCUGAAGAUGAUUCCCAUGACAGCCUUGUUUGGCAUCUUCCUCUACAUGGGUAUCACCUCUCUGAGUGGAAUCCAGAUGUGGGACAGGAUGCUUCUGCUGAUUACACCAAAGAAAUACUUUCCCCCUGAUGCCUACGCCACCAGGGUGUCGACACUGCGGAUGCAUCUCUUCACUCUGAUCCAGCUCGUGUGCCUGGCUAUCCUGUGGGUGGUGAAGAUCAGUCCCUUCUCUCUGGCACUGCCUUUUGUUCUCAUUCUCACCAUCCCUCUGCGCAUGCUCAUGACCGGCAGGCUCUUCUCUGUCAUGGAGAUGAAAUGUCUGGACGCCGACGAUGCCAAAGUGACGUUUGAGGAGGAGCCGGGAAAGGAUGUGUACGAUGAGUCCCCGCUGCCGUGAACAACACCGGAUCACUAAUGUGUCACUCACAAACUUACAAAUGAACUCAAUUCUUGACUGCCAGUAUUUAGGUGUCUUUAAAAAUCUGUAUUUAGAAACACAUACAGUUUCAAACUAUUCUGUUAUCUUAACAGAAAUUUACCUCUCAUUUCAAGAAUGCAUCCAUUAUUCAUGCAGCUGAAUCUGUUUGUGACCAUGAAACACAACAGAGAACCAAUAAUAAAGUCCAUAAUGUCAUUGAGAUAUAGAACAUGUCCCCAGCCCACAUUUUUUCCCCCACAUUUCAUACUACUACUACAUUUUAAGUGACAUUAGUUUGAGUAUAUUUACAGUGCUUCCCUUUUGUUUCUUAUCAGGCUGCUUAGUUAUUUCAUGACGCAGGGGAAACAUUUUAUUUCUUUAAAUGAGAAGUAUUUCCCUUCAGAUGUGAGAUAAAUCCAUUUAUAUUGUUUUUCAUUUAGUGCAUCACUUCACUAUAGCUUUAGAGUGACUGCCGAAUAUAAUACUAUGAUUCCACCUAACCACUAUUUUACUACUUAAGUUAAGCAAAUUUGAUCUAUUCAGCUCUUUAGACAUGCACAAAUUAAUGAUUUUUUGUGGGAUUAUCACAUCUGCCUGCGCCCCAUACAGCAGCCUUUCCUGUUUAGUCUCAAAUUUUGUUUUAAAUUGUGUUACUCAAGUUUGCCUCAUUUGACAUAUUGUGUAUGGUUUACUGAACAGUUUGGUCUUUCCUGCUCAGUUGACCUCUUUAGAAUGUGUAUAGAGAGAUGUGAAAUGCACUUAUAUCUUAUUUUAAGCGUGUAAUUACUUUCAUCAUUAUAAAACGGGAUGAGCAGUAAUGGGUUGAUAGUGGUUAAUGAGAUAUUUGUUUGAGCCGAUUGUUGUAGUAAUGAUGUAAUCAGGAAAAAACGUAUUUGUAAAUGUAUCUUAUUAUGCCUUUUCAUGUUGCCUAUCAUGUGAUUGUGUGCUUGAAACACUGUACAUGCUUUGGAUUUUCAUUUUAUUAAAAAUAAAAACAGCCUUUAAAUGUGUUUUUUUAAUUA